AUGGGCAUGAAUGUACUCGCGCUAGCGAGGAGUGCAGACACCGAGAAAACGUUCGAAGAAUGCUACAAGGAAAGUAUAGACACAUAUGGCACGCUACAACUCGAUGGCUAUAGUCUACCUCCACGAUGGACUGAAUUAAUGGUUGUGUACGAAGGCACAACGGAAAAUGUGACAUUAGACGCUGCGACUGAAUUUGAUAGACAAACACACGCCGCGGCAUGUGCAGACGAAUGCCACUUGCUGACGAUAGGCAACUUGUACGAACUAAAAAAUGAGGAACGGGAUGGAAAAACCGCGCCGGGUGAAGAAAAUUUCAAACAAUUAUAUUUCAAAGAUGAUCAUCCAUGCACUGACGGCCAAGAGAUCACAUACAAGGCUCUUGUUUACGAAAAGUUUGUGUAUCAACAAAUGGGAUGCAUGGAACUUAUUAAUGAAGGGGAUGAAAGUGAUUUUGAAGAUAUCGCAGAUCUGAAUGCACAUAGAGACCAGAUUUGCACUGAAGGGACCGAGUGCUCGUUCAUGUCUGGCAUUUUGGGUUACCAAAUCAAUGGAUGGCAUGAUAUGAUCAGAACAUGUGAAUCGCAAGAAACUGUAGACAACGCCAAAAGGCAGAAGGAAGAGCGUGACCAAAGGGAAGCACGCGCGGAUUCGGAUAUAGCCAGUGGUGUUUAUAAUGGGCUCACCGCUGGUGUCUACACCGUGCCAAACUACAAAACACUUCGAUCAAAGCUUGGAGACACUGGAUUCGAAUACAAUAACCCAGUCCUCUCUGAGCGAAUGAAGGUAGUUGUGCGGAUGGAUUUGCCAUGGCUGACGCAUACGCAUGGCAGGGUGCAAAUGCUUGUGAUGCAGAAGUGUAAUGCAUGGGCUUUACGAUUGUGUGGCAGAAUGACUACGCGGAUGCCAAUAUGUGCUACAUGGUGUUAG